AUGGUGGUGGAGCUCAAGGUGGAGCUGAGGAACGUUCAGGCCGCAGUGAUGGACAUCCAAGCUGCAGACCUGAUGUCUCUGGAAACUGGACUGACUGCCACCAACAACAGAACCAGUCACCUAGAAACAGAGAAUGAAGUCCAAGCUGCAGACCUGAUGUCUCUGGAAACUGGACUGACUGCCACCAACAACAGAACCAGUCACCUAGAAACAGAGAAUGAAGAGAGGAAGGUGGCCUUUUACACAGGUCUGACUAAUAUAGGAACUGUUGGACCAUUCACCUCAUCCACCACACUGAAAUACAGCAGAGUCUUCACCAACAUCGGCGAUGCUUACAAUCCAUCUACAGGUUUCUUCACAGCUCCAGUCAGAGGGGUCUACUACUUCCAGUUCACUAUGUGUGGUAAACGAACAGGUACCAUGGGUGUACAGGUGUUCAAGAACAACCAGAUUAUCAUGACUAAUUUUGAGACUAAGGAUGAGGGAGGUUUUGAAUACAUGACUAACUCUGUUGUCUUGGAGCUGAUGGCAGGAGAUGAAAUCCACCUCGUUCUCCCAGAGGGCCAGUCUCUCUGGGACAGUAUACACAACCAGAGCACCUUCAGUGGCUCCCUCCUCUUCACACUGUGA